AUGGCCGACAUCGACGAGGACGACGUCUCGCAACUGCCCACGCACAAUGCCGACAACGUCGACCUCAGCGACGAGACGCAGGACUUCCGCUUCCUGACCAGUUUGUCCAUCUCUGACAAUGGCGCCUCAAAACUCCCCAAGCGUGGCGAGAAAGACUUCGAGCCACAUGCCACCUCGUUGCAGGCCAGUGCUCUUGAUGCCUCACGCCAGGCCAUGCACCAAGCCAUCUCAAGCACCCGCAUCCACAACCCCAAGAAUCACGUCGUCGCUACCUACGAUCCCGUCUCCAACAUGGCCCGCGUCGACCAGGUCAAGGGCCAGGCUUUCCGCACAAUGGGAAAACACAUUUCUGGCGUCAUGUGGCUGCUCCCCGAGGAAGCCUUGUAUCUGCUCGAGCGUGGCUCACUUGACAUCCGGUGGCCGUCUGACGAUGGUGAGGACGAGGGUCUUCCUAUGAGUCUGCAGGGCGCGUAUGCAGCCUUCAUUGGCAUGGAGGACUCUGCCAACGGCCACCUCACGCUCGAGAAGUACACUGUCUAUGCUGGCUUGAAACGAUCUGGUUACAUUGUGACCCGCGCCGACAGCUGGGAUGGUGUCAAACACGUCAAUCACUCCGCGGAUAAACAUCCCUCACCCUCCAUACUGCAGAACUUCUGGAGCUUUGGCGUGUUCCGUAGCCUAUGGUCAUUUUUACUUCCUGCAUCACGCCGCGGCCCGAAUCCUGGUGCUGCCCUCGGCCCUCUUGUAUCACCUGGUUUAUACCGGCACUACAAUGACGUCUACCGCCUACUAGACAUUGUACAGUUCCAUGACCCUCGGCAGUUGCCGCAAUUCUCCCCAGAAGAGUCGAACCAAGACCCUUUCCGUGUUGCUUACUCUGUCUACAAACCGACGCCAGCGUGGAAGAAGUCUGCGCCGGGCCCUCCGGACUUCCGCGUCGCUGUGGUCAAUGCGCGUGACACGUCCGUUCCUACAUUGCCGCAGUUGAACGAUCUUCUCGCCUCGACACCUUACGAUCCGCCCAAACCAGAUGCGCCGCUUUAUCAGAAACUCAAACAGGGUCACCGGAAUGUAAUUCUGGCGAUCGUCGACCAAGGAAUCGCUCCAAGCGAGGCGGCUUCAGAGGUCGUGGUCGUGGCCGCGGACGUGGCCGCGGACGGUAGUGAUAGAAGCAACUCGCCUUUGCGAAACGUCAACGGUAGGCCACGUUAUCUGAGGACGUACCCGAAUGGCGAAGCUAAGGACGCCCAUCUCUUUGAUGGUAUGGGGGAUCUUGGCCCACAAGGAAGCGCGGGAGACCUCCCGUAUCCCGGCGCCUUGUGA